CGGCGGCGACGGCCUCGGAGGGGUGUGGAGAGGCGAGGCCAGGCAGAGCCCCGCGCAGCCAUGGAGUCUCUCUUGCUGCCGACGCUACUGCUGCUGGCAGUACUGUGGACCCAGGCGGCCGCCCUGAUUAACCUUAAAUACUCAGUAGAAGAGGAGCAGCGUGCCGGGACGGUGAUCGCUAAUGUGGCCAAAGACGCGCGGGAGGCCGGCUUCGCGAUGGAUCCGCGGCAAGCUUCUACGUUCCGCGUGGUGUCCAACUCAGCUCCGCACCUGGUGGACAUCAACCCCAGCUCAGGUCUGUUGGUCACCAAGCAGAAGAUCGACCGAGACCUGCUGUGCCGCCAGAGCCCCAAGUGCAUCAUCUCGCUAGAGGUCAUGUCCAGCUCAAUGGAGAUCUGUGUGAUUAAGGUGGAGAUCAAGGACCUGAACGACAAUGCUCCCAGUUUCCCGGCCGCACAGAUUGAGCUGGAGAUCUCUGAAGCAGCCAGUCCCGGCACGCGCAUCCCACUGGACAGCGCUUAUGAUCCGGACUCGGGCAGCUUUGGUGUGCAGAACUACGAGCUCACUCCCAACGAGCUCUUUGGUCUGGAGAUAAAGACGCGGGGUGACGGUUCGCGCUUUGCCGAACUCGUAGUGGAGAAGAGCCUGGACCGCGAGACACAGUCACAUUACAACUUUCGCAUCACAGCACUCGACGGAGGUGACCCACCCCACAUGGGCACAGUUGGCCUCAGCAUCAAGGUGACUGACUCUAAUGACAAUAACCCGGUGUUUGGAGAGUCCACCUACUCAGUGAGUGUGCCUGAAAACUCACCUCCCAAUACACCUGUCAUCCGCCUGAAUGCCAGCGAUCCAGAUGAGGGCACCAAUGGCCAGGUGAUCUACUCCUUCUACGGCUAUGUCAAUGACCGCACACGUGAACUUUUCCAAAUUGACCCACACAGCGGCCUUGUCACUGUCACCGGAGCGCUAGACUAUGAAGAGGGUCACGUGUACGAGCUAGAUGUGCAAGCCAAGGACCUGGGGCCCAACUCUAUCCCCGCACAUUGCAAAGUCACCGUCAGCGUACUAGACACUAACGAUAACCCGCCAAUUAUCAACCUACUGUCUGUCAAUAGCGAGCUUGUGGAGGUGAGCGAGAGCGCCCCCCCGGGCUACGUGAUUGCCCUGGUUCGGGUGUCUGAUCGCGACUCAGGUCUCAAUGGACGUGUGCAGUGCCGCUUGCUAGGCACUGUACCCUUUCGUCUGCAGGAGUAUGAAAGCUUCUCCACUAUCCUUGUUGAUGGACGGCUGGAUCGCGAGCAGCACGACCAGUACAAUCUUACAAUUCAGGCUCGAGACAGCGGCGUGCCUAUGCUGCAAAGUGCCAAGUCCUUUACUGUGCGCAUCACUGAUGAGAAUGACAACCACCCACACUUCUCCAAGCCUUACUAUCAAGUCAUUGUACAGGAGAACAACACUCCUGGCGCCUAUCUGCUCUCUGUCUCUGCCCGCGACCCCGACAUGGGUCUCAAUGGCAGUGUCUCCUACCAAAUUGUGCCAUCACAGGUGCGAGACAUGCCCGUCUUCACCUAUGUCUCCAUCAAUCCCAACUCUGGUGAUAUCUAUGCGCUCCGAUCCUUCAACCAUGAACAGACCAAGGCAUUCGAAUUCAAGGUGCUGGCCAAGGAUGGCGGCUUGCCCUCGCUGCAGAGCAAUGCCACAGUGAGGGUCAUUAUCCUCGAUGUCAACGAUAACACCCCAGUAAUCACCGCCCCACCUCUAAUCAAUGGCACUGCCGAGGUCUAUAUUCCUCGAAACGCCGGCAUAGGCUACUUGGUGACUAUAGUUAAGGCAGAUGACUAUGAUGAGGGUGAAAAUGGCCGAGUCACCUAUGACAUGACAGAAGGUGACCGCGGUUUCUUCGAAAUAGACCAGGUCAAUGGAGAAGUCAGAACCACUCGCACCUUUAAUGAAAACUCCAAGCCUUCCUAUGAACUGAUAGUGGUGGCCCGUGACCAUGGCAAGACAUCUCUUUCUGCCUCUGCCCUAAUCCUAAUCUACCUGUCCCCGGCUCUUGAUGCCCAAGAGUCAAUGGGCUCUGUGAACUUAUCCCUGAUUUUCAUUAUUGCUCUGGGCUCCAUCGCUGGCAUCCUCUUUGUCACUAUGAUAUUCGUGGCAAUCAAGUGCAAGCGUGACAACAAAGAGAUCCGGACCUACAACUGCAGUAAUUGUUUAACCAUCACUUGUCUCCUCGGCUGUUUUAUAAAAGGACAAAACAGCAAGUGUCUGCAUUGCGUCUCGGUUUCUCCCAUUAGCGAGGAGCAAGACAAAAAGGCAGAGGAGAAAGUGAGCCUAAGGGGAAAGAGAAUCGCUGAAUACUCCUAUGGGCAUCAAAAGAAAUCAAGUAAGAAGAAAAAAAUUAGUAAGAAUGACAUCCGACUUGUACCUCGGGAUGUGGAGGAGACAGACAAGAUGAAUGUUGUCAGUUGCUCCUCCCUUACUUCGUCCCUCAACUAUUUCGACUACCACCAGCAGACACUGCCCCUGGGCUGUCGUCGCUCUGAGAGCACUUUCCUGAAUGUGGAGAACCAGAAUACCCGAAACACUACUGCCAGCCACAUCUACCACCACUCCUUCAACAGCCAGGGUCCCCAGCAGCCAGAUCUGAUCAUCAAUGGUGUGCCCCUGCCUGAGACUGAAAACUAUUCCUUUGACUCUAACUACGUGAACAGCCGUGCCCAUUUAAUCAAAAGCAGCUCCACCUUCAAGGACCUGGAGGGCAACAGCCUGAAGGACAGUGGCCAUGAGGAGAGUGACCAGACUGACAGCGAGCAUGACGUCCAGAGGAGCCUGUACUGUGAUACUGCUGUGAACGAUGUGCUGAACACCAGUGUGACCUCCAUGGGAUCUCAGAUGCCUGACCAUGACCAGAAUGAAGGAUUUCAUUGCAGGGAGGAAUGCCGGAUUCUUGGCCACUCUGAUAGAUGCUGGAUGCCUCGGAAUCCCAUGCCCACCCGUUCCAAGUCUCCUGAGCAUGUGAGGAACAUCAUCGCUCUGUCCAUUGAAGCUACUGCUGCUGAUGUUGAGGCUUAUGACGACUGCGGCCCCACCAAGCGGACAUUCGCAACCUUUGGAAAAGAUGUCACCACCCGCCCGGCUGAGGAGCGGCCCAUCCUGAAAGUCAAGAGGACUGUCGAUGUGACCAUCUGCAGCCCCAAAGUCAACAGCGCUAUCCGGGAGGCAGGCAAUGGCUGUGAGGCUAUUAGCCCUGUCACCUCCCCACUGCAUCUCAAGAGCCCUCUGCCUACCAAGCCUUCUAUGUCUUACACGGUCGCCCUGGUUCCUCCAGCUCGUGAUCUGGAGCACCAUGCCAACAAUGGCGCCUCUCGUCCUUCUGAAGCUGAACCCCGUGGAGCCGACAGUGAGAGAGUCAUGCAUGAGGUCAAUCCUAUUCUGAAGGAAGGGCGUGACAAGCAAUCUCCUGUCGUGAAGCGUCUGAAGGAUAUCAUUCUGUAAACCCGUCUGGGGAAGAAGAAAGAAAAGAAAUCACACUGGCUAGUGAAGAUGCAGCAUCUACUCAUUUUACUCACCAAUGGUUGGUUCUUGAGUGGCUGCAUUGUAGAGAUUUCCCUAAAUGUAUUGUGUAUAAGUGACUAUCAUUCCGUGACAAUCCCUCUCGUUUCAACAGGCAGCAGGGGUGUUCAGUUGGAGCAAAUUAGCUUUGGCUUGAGUUGUUCAUGGGGCCUUGAUGUUGGGGAAACAGAGGCAAAUUCAGUUGUGAAGAGUAUUAUGUAUUAAGUGUUUGAAUUUAUAUAUUUUUCUAUGUCAAAAUGAUAAUAUAAAUUACCAUUGUUUGUGAAGAAUUACAUUUAAAAAAGCAAAAAGAAAAAAAAGAAAAAAAAAAGCUCUGGACACCUUUAAUAAGCUCGCCACUGUUUUUUGUAGUGUAGACAAGUUAUUGGUCAUUUAUUGUGUACUAUUCAUUGAUUCAGUGACGUGAAAUCGAGCCCCCAAAAGGUUGUUUCUGAAGCUCGAGUACUUUCCAAUACCGCUACUUUGCUGUGGACGCCCCUGCUUUAAGAACCCUUUUGCUAGCUGUGCUGUUGUUGUAUUUGAUAUUGCAAAUUGCUAUGUGUGUGGUGAUGGCAAAAGGCUUUUAAAGGUUGAUGUUUUCUUUUCUUAAAAAAAUAAUAAAAAUACAGACAAAAACAAAAUGCAGAAACUGAGACAGCAGACGAAUGAGCACCACCACACCUAGAGGUUGAGUACUUGGUGGAUACUCACCUUUUUUAAUUCUUGUAGUGGUUGCUCACUACCUUGCAGAGGCUUUCUCCUGCCUUUCAGUCUUCUGCCCGGGUCUGUGCUAGAUCAUUGUAGAAAGUCAUUUUUGGAUAUGCUGCUAUCUAAUUUGCAGUUGUCAGAAAUACUGUGCUGAAAAUUUUAUGAGAUGCAUUAUUUUUUUUCUAAUUUUCAGACCCUGAACAGGAAAGUUACUCCUGAUGUUAUCAGUUUUCAGGCUGAGAAAUUCCCUGUCUCCAAUCAUCUAAAAAUCAUGCAACAUGACUGAGUCUAUUUUGAGAUCUAAAUUACCAUCUCUUUAGACACACACUUCCUGAUUCAGUGUUUUCCCAAUCAUGAUUGGAAUUAGAUGGUAAAGCACAUCAUGGGCUGGAAUCGAGGGCGCCAUGCUGCUCUUUACCUUAGGCUUAUAAAUAAUGAUAGAGUAAGCAGUAUGAAGUGUACACUUAGGAAAAGCCAGGUACUAACAUCACUGAUCUAAUUACUGUGCCUUCUAAACGGAGACACUCAGACACUUGAACACGUCUUUUUAUGCCUAACACUUUUUUUGAUUAAAAAUGUGAACAAGAAAUUAUUAAAACAAAAAUCCCUUAGAUUUAGUAACUCUUUUUUGCUGUAGGCUAGGAAUAUGCCUUUUUAAACUAACAGAGCGCCCAUUCUUUUUGUUCUUUUUAACACUGCACAAAUGCCCCUUUUCUCAUCUGUCUAUUAAUACUCACUAGCCAACAUAGUAUUCUUGCAGCCUAAGAGUUCAUUAUUUAAAAUAAACUAAAGAAACAUGUCCCAUUUGCUCUACUUUUGUCUUAAAGGAAUUUCUUCUAAAGAAACAAGUUUUCUGGUUCCUUCCCCCCUUUCUCCCUUCCUCCCUCCCUCCCCCUUCCCUUUCUUCUUCCCUCCCUCCCUCCUUCCCCCUUAUCUCUCUCUCUUUUUUUUGUAAUUCAAGAACACUCAGAAAGAAAGCCUAGAAGUUAGAGCACUAGAAUUCAAAACAGAAUUUAUUUUCUUAAGUUUAGGUAGAUACAGUCAGCUCUUUGAAAUGUUUUCAUUAUUUUUAUCUGAGUUCCUAGAUUUAUACAUUACUAGGAAUUUUUUUUUGUGGGAGGUGGGAGGGUUGUAAGCGAAGGGGUGGGUAAGGCAAUGGGCAUGGGGUUAGGUAGGGGAGAAGAUUUCUGGGGAUAAAAGAAACAUAUAAUGAUGCUACAAAUCAAUCCUUAUUUCCUAAAUACUACCUCAUGCAAAAUAUUGGGUUGGCUGCAAAUUUCUCCCAGACACAGUUAGAGACCUUUACAUCGUUUUCUUGCUUCAUUUAACUUUCUCUCAUAUAUGUUCUCAUCUUCUGGUUUAUUUCAUUAUGGUGGUAUUUAUUUUUCCUUCCAAGUGACUAUUUGAUUAACAUAUUUAGCUUUUUAAAGUGCCCUUUAAGUUGGGAUGGCUGCCUAUAGAAUUUAGACUGCUCUUCACCAGGAUCCAUCUGACAGUAUCUUGUUUGCUAGUACCUCAAGGUCACUUUGUAGUCGAUUGGACAGCUUUCUACAGGUGGAUUUCUUACUCUGCUCAGUGGAAACGAGGGAGUUUGAAAGGUUGUGGAAAGUGGAGAUGGAAUGUAGAGAGGCCACUGCCUGCCAUGUGUCUUUCCAGCCAAUUAAAAACGGGUGGCAUUAGCAGUGAUUUUCUUUUUGCCUUUUUAAAAAAGCAACUAAAAAUUUUGUCCCCAGAAUUUCAUUUUAGUUCCAAGCUUAGUCUAUCUAAAAAUCAUUGUUCUCAGUGGGCAGUCAGAGAUUUUUUGUUUUUUUGUUUCAGAACUCUUUACUGAGUAUGUAUAAGAAUUCUCGUUAAGGAAGUAUCUUUCCCCCUUCAGUUGUCUGAUGGAAGUGCAAGCGCAUCCUAGGAGAGCUUUGUAGGCAGGUUCUACAGGCCAACUGUGCUUGCAAAUAGGACUUUUGUGCAAGGGUCUUAAACUCCCCACGGACUCGAGAUUCUCCCCCUCCCUUUUUAACACAUGUGAUGAAAAGCUACCAAGGCCAGUGGAGCAAAUAUUUUUCCCUUUCUUUCUGCAAACAUGUUACACAGAAACAUGUGGGAACAAUUUUAGUUCCCAAGUCCUAGGGAGUUCUAUUCCACUUAUUCUGAUGUCCCUAGGUCAUGAAGUGUGACAUACUUAAAAAUUUCCUGGCCAGGUAAAUGUCUUUAUUGAGUAUAGGGUAUCUAGUUUGCAUUGAUUGACUGCUUUCUCCCAAACAUGGGAACAUGCUAUUCAAUAAGAAAUGGGGAACAAUGCCCUGUGGAAACUUGUUCCCCCCUGUGCAGUCUAGUAAAUUAACCUGUUCAGAAUGAAACUUAGUAUUUCAUUGUUCCUCUGAAGCCAGUAGAAAAAGUGAGGGUUUGUCUUGGUACCGAAUUGAUAGUGGGUUACAGAAUCCAGUAGUUCUUGCACAACAGUGGUUCUCAAAGUAUCAUCUCAAAGCAACAUCACUUAGGAACUUCUUAGAAAUGAUAGUUCUUGAUCCUUGCCUAGAAUGGCUGUAUAAGAAAUCUGGAGGAUUUGGCACAGAAAUCCAUGAGUUAGUUGCCCACUCAAGUUUGAGGGCUUGUUAAAGCACAUUUUGGUAGAGCCUAAUCCUCGGUGUUUCUUAUUCAGUUGUUUGUGGGUAGGAUUUCUUUGCCUAUCUACAGAUGCCUAGGAGAUACUGAUGAGACAAUGCUCCAGAGGAAACUUGCCUCAUAGGACUAACUGCACCUAAGCUGGCCAUUUCUACAAUUUUGUUGACAUGGUGACCAGCUGAUCAUUAAUGAAAGCUGUAACUCUGAACUCUGCAAAUAAAACCACACAGAGUACCUUCCAGAUCCUGCCGUCUCAGCAUAUGGCUAUUAGAGGGGAACGCAGAGGACUUUUUCCUCUACACCUACCACUAUAAAGCAAACACAAGUGGUCUACUUGAUGUAGAAAGACAAGGGACAGUUUGGGAGAGGCAGGGAUGGAAAGGAUAGCUUUUUUGGGCAUCCAAGGUGGAGAAAGGAUUAUUACUGUACAUAAUCCAUUUUAUGGGGAUCAUUUUGAUGUCAAAUGUUCCCCCAAGGCACUCCCGACAAGUCUGGUCCGCUUGGCUCUUUUCACAGGGUAAUAAGACCCUUCUGACUUUGAAAAACUGGCAGAAAUGAGCUGAAGAAGUCCAUUGUAUACAGUCCUAGUGUUUGCCUUCUUGGUAAAAUUACAUUUUAAGGAUGUCAUUUCAUGAGUCAAAUUGUAUCUGCUGACACUAAAGUGUAUUGAGAUGUUGUUCUUUAGUUUAAGUAUGUAUCAAAGUAAUAUUCAAAGGGGAUGUAUGGGGGUGGGACUGGGACCGGGUGGCUUUAUAUUGAUAAUGAAAUAUUCCAGAGCAAAACACAUUGUCCUAAUGAAGUUGUUGCAGCUCUCUUUGUUUUCUUGUGAAACUGAAAUUGGCCCGUGGGUCACUUGUCGUGCAAAAGUGAAUUAAUUUCAAAUAGGAAUCACAUUGCUUUUGUAAAACAAAGAAAAUCAACCACCUUGUCUGAAGUAUACGUUGUAAGGCGCUCUUGGUAAAGAACAACCUAGAAACACCUGACCUUGAUUGGAAAGCAUUGUAGGUCAUUAGGGAAAUCUGAUGAUGCUGCCUGUUGCUCCAGCUGUGUUGGCAAUUAAAGAUGACCUUGUUACUAACUGAAUGUUGCUGUCAACCUUAGCAAACAAACCAGCUAACACUUUACAGCACCGGUUAAGUAGAUGUUUACUGGCACUGGCUGGCAUUCAGCUGAGGAAGGCUAAGAUCCAGACUAAUGACCAAGGGCCAGACUAGGUCUAGCUAGAAGUUCAGCAACAAAUACCUCCUUGUGCUAUUUGAAUGCUAAGGUAUUAGUUGCAAAAGGCUUACGCCUUCGCUCCUCUAGUGAGGGGAAUGAGCCUGAUGACACUAUUACUGUUUACCUGUCGAACCAGGGUGGCAAUUUAGAAGGAUACAAGUACAGUACGUUUCAUUAAGCAGUCUCUGUUGCUGAUUAUAUGAAGAUGAAAUGGUUGUAUAUGCUGAUCUGUAUGUUAUGUACAUUUUCACAGUGAUUGAAUCAUUGUAAAAACAAAAAAAGACAAAAAAGAAUCACCACCACUCUGUCUAUUUUAUGAAGAUGAUAAAGCAGCUUUAUUAAAUUAUUACAGUUCUGUUUUAAAUGGUGUUACCUGCCACAUUGUUUCCUUUUAUCUGGUGGUUCUCUGUUUCCCUCUUAAAUGUGUUUUCUCUGCUUCAAAAAUUUAAUGCAUUUUAGUAUUAAAGGCUAUUAUGGAAAAAGUA